UUUUAACAUAAAUUCACAGUUUUUAUUGAGUAAAGUGCAUUUCAGAGCAGAUGAACUGAGGACGACAACGACUGAAGUGACAUACACAGAAAAUAUCAAAUCACACAAAAUGGAGCAAAAUGAAAAAUUAGACUUAUUUGCAUUCAGAGCAUUUUCAGAAGAGCUGAGGAGGACAAAAGUAAAUAAAUAUAAAAUUACACAAGAUAAAGACCGAAUAAAAAAACAUGUAAUUUUACUGCAUUCAGGCCACAUUAACCCUGAGAACUCCCAGAAAUAUUUUGCUGUUUUUGGUCCACCUGUGACAGUAGAUUCAGAACCAUCAAAGUCAACCAAAACACCAAAACAGAAACUGAUCCCAACAGGACUUUGUUAAAAAAAAACACUCCUGUCCUUUCAUCAAGAUUUAGAAAUCAUAGAUGCUGCUUCCUCAGUUUUAAACAAUAUCUGCAGGUUUAGGAGCAACAUCUACAUGACUUUUUCAGGGACGGCCUUCAUAUGAUCCCUCUGAUCAAACACCUGUUUUUGUGGCUGGAUUGUAAACCUUGUGGCAGGAGUAGAAAUGUCUGGAAACCCUCAAUAGAUCACUAAAAGGGUAAACUUUUGAACACUUUUGAUCCCGUAGAGAUACACGGUAUAGAUCCUGAGAAACUGUGAACUAUAGUGGUGGUGGUGUCACGGGUGCCUUUCAAAAUAAAAGACAUGUCAAACAUCAGAUGUUUACUUUUUUGACCGACCCAUUAAGAACACGUGUGCGACCCUCUUUUGGGGCGCCACCCACCCAUUGAGAACCUCUGAUUUAGAUGAUGGAUACAGACGCUGCAGUCCGGUCCAGUGGAGUCCGUGCCUGUGUUUGCGCAUGUCUGUUUCUCUCCUCCUAUAAAAGCAUCAGACGGACGGAGGAGAGCAGAAAAGGGAGGAAGCGCACAAAUACAAUGAUCUCUGAAGCCCAGAGCGACAGUCUGAAGGCCGCCGAACACAUCCGAACCGAACCGAGCUUCAUCCCUGACUCCCCCGUCUCCCUCUCCUCCUCCACCUCUUCCUGCUCCUCCUGCUCCCCUGGCUCCGGGCCGCUCAGCCGGAGGCGGGACCCGCAGACCAGCAGCGGCAGCAUCGUCCCGGAGGAGAGCGGCAGCAUCCAGCCUCUGGUGGCCGCCGCCCGCAUCAUGACAUCCGGGGAGUUCAACCAGAGCGCCCCGCUGCUGGCGCACAGAUCCAGCCGCAGCCUGAUGUAUAAGACCCUCUGCUUCCUCCUGCUCAUCUUCCAGGGCGGGGUCCUGGACUUCUACCUCAUCAUCUUCACGGACCUGUACUGGUGCUCCUGGAUCGCCACGGACCUGGUGGUGGUCUCGGGCUGGGGGAUCUUCUUCAUGAAGAACGCGCGCAGUAAACGCGAGCGCGCCUGCGGCUUCCACCAGAAGAGCUCCAUCUUCGGCUGCAACCUGGGCGAGUUCACCUACGCCUACCUGGCCUGGCUCAUCUACGUCAUCGCCUGCACCCCGAAAGUGGUGCUGGUCCUCGAGACCUCCAUCCUGGACCUGAUCGCGCUGAAGGUCCCGUGCGGGGUGACCGGGUUCAAGAUCAUCAUGCUGCUGUCGGCGCCGCUCCUCUUCUGCCUCAUCAACUCCAUCAUCGAGGACCUGAACGGAGCCACGCGCCACCACUCCCACAGCUGCUUCAUGAGCACGUGCCUGGACCUGCUGGACUGCUUCACCCUGCUGGAGAUGCUGCUGCGGGGGGAGAUCCCCACCGUCUACCUCAAGUACACGGUGGUGUCGGUCUACUUCGUGGCCCUGGCGGUUCCGGUGGUCUGGCUCUACGAACUCACCGCGUCCGAGCUGCGCUGCCGCUGGCUGUGCGCGCGCUUCUGCACCGGCCUGCUGGUCAACGCCCCCCUGCUGGUGGUCCGCUGCUUCCAGGUGUACGUCUACAAGCUCCCGGUGUCCGUGUUCAUGCUGAAGAACAUCUUCUUCCUGGCCUGCAGGCUCCUCGAGCUCCUGGAGCAGUGCGUGGCCGUGCGGGGGGUCCGCAAGCUGCAAGCCGGGAGCAGCAACACCGCGCAGUUCUCCCACUGCGUGUCCGAGAACGACAUGUGUCCGCACGGGUACGUCAACACGCUGGCUGUCACCCAGUCCUAGAGCCCGGACCGAUCCCGGACCGAUCGUGGAUCCGAUCCGGAGUGAAUCCGGAUUCUAUGUGAACUGAUGAGACUCAGCGAACUGUCAUGUAAGAACCCCCCCACAGUCAGACUAACAGGGUCCGUGUUUCAGGGUGUCAUGAUUUUAACCCCCCUCAGUCUAGAGCAGGGCCGGACUAAACAGGCCAGGAGGGCUAACAGGGAGCUGUGGCCCCCGCGGCCCCCCUGCACCCAAACAGCUUUUUAUUGAUUUUAAAAUAGUUUUCUGUUAAAAUGAUCAAUAACCAAAUCUGGAAACAGGUCAGUUUCCCUCAGCUCGUCUCUACUCUAGAACCUUCCUCCUGUGUUAGCUUUUACUACACAUCCACCAUGUUAACGGGUCGGUUCUGACCUUGAUCGGCUUCAUUAUCCAUGAAAAUAUUGAUCAUAAUAGUUUUUGAUUCGCUGCUCUGGGCCUCUCUUUGUAGUGUUGUGUUGUUCACAAACGAUUCGUUCAAAAGAACCAAAUCUUUUAAGUGAAGCUACUGAACCAAAUCACUUCCUCAAAUGAUUCGUUCGUUUCUCACUUCAGUUGAGCCGUCAGCAGCGCAGCGUUACCCAGGCGAGCGGCUGGCAAAUGAGGGAUCGCACGCACCGACGUCUGAAUCACUUCAUAAACGAAUCACAUAUUGAACUUCACUCCCUUUUAAGUAAUUUUUUUCGGACAAAACUAUUUCUUUUUUUUUUUUUUGCUGCUAAAUUGUCACCACAAUCGGACACAGCAUGUAACAUGUACCGUAUUUUUCGCACUAUAAGGGGCACUUAAAAUCCUUUUGGUUUGUCGGAGCGCUGCAGCUACCGUCACCUCGCAGAGUUAUUGAACGAGUUAAAGUUUGACUUAUGGGACUGUUUUGUUUGGAUAAAUGCGAUUUAUAACACGAUGCGCCUUAUGUAUAAAAAUAGACGCGUUCAUUGAUGGUGCGCCUUAUAGUGCGAAAAAUACGGUCGCAGACAAACACUCUCGUCUCCUGGUCCCAGAAGCUGAACCCUGAACCGUUCAUCUGUGAAUCAGUUCAGGAGGUCGGAGUCACAGGCUCCUCCCGCCGAGCGCUGAAUGAUUUGGUGAUUCGAUGAACGACUCUUUUGAACGAAUCUUUUUAGUGAAUUGAUUCGAGUGAUUCAGAUCAUCUAAAAGAACUGCAGAGCCCAUCACCAUUUCUGUGUCAGUAUCCUCCUCACACAGACAUCUAUACUGAAUAGAUCUCACAUUUUUAGUGUGACUGUAAGUGCACGCAUGAUUUCAGUUUCUCGCUCUGAUUAUUAGAUAUCGAUCUAACCAGGUCAUCAGCGACCCUAACAUGACAAGUGCCAUAAUUUUAAUAAGAGCAUUUUAUAAUUUAGUCCAUUUUUAUUUUGUUAAAAUCGAGGUUCCUGACAAAAUCAAAAAGUCUUGAUGCCAAAAUAAACAAAUUCAAGUUUUUCCUUUAAGCAUUAAAAACUAAAACUCUAACACAGGAGGAGGUUAAAGUCUCAACAUGACUCAAAAGAUUGAAACCAGACAAUAACUUAUUGAUAAUGAUCGUUGAUAAUCAGUCUGACUCUGACAGCAGGAUAGUGACCAAAAUAUAGACCACGAUCAAUCAGAUGUUCAGACUUUGGUCUUCAGCUGCAGGUGGAUCAGAAGAAGUUAAAGGUAUAAAAGUCAAAUAUGAGCGAACAGUCCGGGUUGAUUAAGGGCUGCUGGGUAAACUGUCCAACAUCUAUAAAAUACCGUCUUUGUUAAAACAGCCGGUCAGCUGUUGGUGCGAAACCCAAAUCUG